AUGCCGGCAAAAUCAGCGAAAAAACCUAGCAACAAUAGCCAACUGGGCAAAAGUGUAAUGGCAAAAGAUGACAACGCAAACAAGAAACCACACUCCAAUUCGAAGGACCACAAAAAACAGCAGACAAAACUUACCCAAAAUGCAAUGAAGACCAAUGAAAUAAUAAAUCUCUCCUCCGAUGACGAUGACGACGACGGCGAUCAUGGUGAUGGCGUUGAUGAUGCCGCAGGAGGUGGAGCGGGAAAUAACCAGAUUACUUCUACUACUACCACCGACCAAGUGAAUAAGAAAAAAUCCCAUAACUCUGAAUUGGAUAAAAAUAAAACGGAAAAUUCGGUAAUUAUCAAUGACAGUGAUAGUGACUCUUCGUCGCCGAUCACAACCACCUCAUCAUCCCGACAGUCAGAAAACUAUGAAGCCGAGGAUGAAAAUGAAUCGGCCAUGAAGGCGAAAAAACAACAAAGCCUGCUGGAGACACAAACCCAGAAGCAGUUGAAACAAGUUCAGAGAUUUUUGAAAAGUUUCGAUGCCAAUAAUCAGCCGCUGAAUCAAGAUGACGACGACGAUGAAGAUGAUGAUGAAGACGAGGACGACGUGGUUGGUCACGAUUUGCUGCAAGCACAACAACCAACAUCAUCGUCAUCAUCAACGUCUGGCCAACAACGCAUGGCUUUGGAAAAAUCCGGUAACACAUUGGCCGAAUUGAGAAGUUUCCGCCAUACCAUGCAUCAACCGGAGCCAACACCAUCAACCCAUAAUGAAAUGCAGGAACAGGAGUUACCAUCAACGGAUUUCAAUUCGAAUAAUAACGAUGAAUCCAUUAAUAAAUUGAGAACAGAUUUUUCCAUAGAUUCUCUCUUAAAUAAUUGA